AUGCCUGACAAUCCCGCCCAAGACGUUAUUCACGUCAAGGACGAAGACGAAACCGAUAGCAAACCCAACAUCAAUUCCGAUGAUUCCGACGACGAUAUCAACGAAAAGUUGCUCUCGCGACCACUGGAACCAGGAACCAAGGCUGCUCGAUACACCGGCCCGCCCCGAGGUGGCAAGAUGCUAUCAUUCCGUCCCGGCGUGUUCCGUCAAAGUCAUCGGCCUUUUCUAAAGUGCACCAGCAGGGAGCUCAAGAAGCAAGAGGAAGCUGAGCAGGGACGUUUCACCAGGUGGCGCACCAACCCCGAUGAGAUCGAUUCCUCGAGCAUUCCCGUCAUCCAACUGACCGAAGCGUCGGACUCUGCGCAGUCAUUCGAAGGCUUCCACGCAACUGUCAUCGAUCCAAACAAGGAGGCCAUCGAUCGGAUACUUGUGGAGUAUAACAAGAGCGUCCACAUUCUCGACCAGCGCAAUGAUGUUCAGUUCUUUGAAAAGUACCAUAAACAGUACACCAGCGGGUGUCUUGACGAUUUUGGACGACCUCGCACCAAAUUCAACCUUCGACCCGAUAAAGCGUUAGACAUACAUAUUGGCUUUCUCUGCACUUCAAAGGAAGCGACCCAUGACUGCGAAGUGCAGAAUUGCCCGCGCCUAUACGCCGCCUGCUUCAUCGCGUGGCACGGCCCAUCCUUCCAUUACUUCUUCUCCAAAGCCGCAGAGGCAGAUGAGAACCCCAGCGAAGUCUUCUUCUCGAUGCCUCGCAACGCUCGCAUCACCGUCAAGUCUUGGGAGGACCGGGUUCGAGAUGUAGCGAGGGACACGAUGCGCGAGACGGUACGAGAGAAUAACUGGAACUGGGCGGCGGUGCUGGCUUCGGCUGUUCUGAAGAGAGGAUUCACGCCUUCUGAGUAUGAUUUGGGGGGUUUUGUGAACUGGAAAGAGUUUGGGGAGAAGAACGGUCUUGGCAGUCUCUUCUAUGGAGUUAUAUCGUCUGAUGAGGCUGAGUCUUCUGCUGAAGAGUCAUCCUCCCCCGGUGAUGAAUGA